CAGCUCGAAAUUUGUCGGCCUUCUAUCAGCUGUUCUCGUGUUUUGUUUUUCUCUCCCUCUUCUUUCAGUCCGAGUUGUCAGUCUGCAAUCGAUACGUGAUUGGCUCAGCUCGUCUGGCUUGUAGUUCGCAUUUUCUUCAGUUGCGCUUAAAGUGGCACCGCUAUAUUCGCUUUCAGUGUAUUUUUAUGUUGAUUUUAGUCUCAGCAAACGCUGAUCUGAUAAAUGAACUAGAACCGCUCAUCAUUCAUCACGCUCGCAGCAGCCACUUCUUAUCGCGCGUAUUACAUGAGGGCAAAAAACAACACUAUUAUCUCAUUCAUCGCCGAGCAUCUUUAUUGUGUAUCUUUCUCCGCAUCGCGCAUUUGGCGACAAUCAGACGGGUAAAACGCUUGCUUCCGAACGCGCACACAUUACGGGGAGACAAUAAUAAUGGCUGCUGGUAAGUAUAAUUUCGCAAUCGACCGCGGGGGAACCUUCACCGAUGUGCUGUGCAUCACUCCGGACGGUGGUAUCCGAACGUUGAAGUUGCUUUCGGAAGAUCCGGCCAACUAUCCAGAUGCGCCGACGGAAGGCAUUAGACGAAUAUUGAAAAAGGAGAUUGGCCAGGGUCUGUCGGAAACGGUGGACGGGCUGGUUAACACCGAGCAGAUUGGAUGGAUUAGGAUGGGCACAACGGUGGCCACCAAUGCGCUUCUCGAGAGAACCGGCGAUCCGGUGGCCUUAGUCGUGAACCAGGGCUUCCGUGAUUUGCUCCAGAUUGGCAACCAGGCGAGGCCGAAUAUUUUCCAGCUGAACAUCCAGAAACCCUCGAACCUCUACCAGGAUGUGGUUGAGAUCGAUUGUCGGCUUGUUCCCGCCCAGAAAGACGUCUGCCAGCUGGACCAGCAAUGGACCGAACUGACAGGUGCGGCGGACUCGCGUUACCUAGAGAUGACACCGCUUGAUGAAGAUGAGGUGCGCAACAAACUGCUGGACGUUCGAAGUAGAGGAAUCACCUCACUGGCAGUGGUACUUGCCCACAGUUAUGCUUGUCCCGUUCACGAGCUGCAGGUUGGUGCCAUCGCGGAACAGCUCGGAUUUCACCACAUAACCCUGUCGCACGCGGCGAUGCCCAUGUGUCGACUGGUGGCGAGGGGUUUCACCGCUUGCACCGAGGCAUAUCUCACGCCCCAUGUGGAACGAUAUUUGGCCGGCUUUAGGGCUGGCUUCAAGGACCAGCUGAAGGAUGUUGAUGUUCUGUUCAUGCAAAGUGACGGAGGGUUAACCAGGAUGGACAAUUUUAGAGGGGCGCGAGCAAUUCUCAGCGGUCCGGCAGGGGGUGUUGUUGGAUAUGCCGUGACCGGGUCCAAAGACUCCGAACAGCCAUUGAUUGGGUUCGACAUGGGCGGAACCUCAACCGAUGUGUCCCGAUUCGCGGGUACAUACGAACACGUGAUAGAAACAACGACGGCUGGUGUCACCAUUCAGGCUCCCCAGUUGGAUAUCAAUACAGUGGCCGCGGGUGGAGGAUCACGGCUAUUCUUUCGCUCGGGCCUGUUUGUGGUGGGGCCCGAAUCGGCGGGUGCACAUCCCGGUCCGACAUGCUACCAGAAGGGGGGACCCCUGACGGUAACGGAUGCCAAUUUAAUUUUGGGUCGUUUGCUGCCGGAAUAUUUUCCACACAUUUUUGGUCCCAACGAGAACGAACCGCUGAAUUACGAGGCUUCCAGGGAAGCUUUCGAAAUUCUUCAGCAGGAAAUAAAUCAGCAUUUGUUGGAGACGGGAGAAAGAGAAACGCCAUUGUCGCUGCAGGAUAUUGCGAUGGGUUUCAUCAGAGUUGCCAACGAAGCGAUGUGUCGGCCAAUUCGAGCACUGACUCAAGCACGGGGAUUGGACACUUCGAAGCACGUUUUGGCCUGCUUCGGGGGUGCCGGUGGACAACAUGCUUGCAACAUUGCAAAGGAACUUGGAAUGAGCAAGGUGUUAGUUCAUAAGUAUGCGGGAAUUUUAUCCGCUUACGGAAUGGCUUUGGCCGAUGUGGUUCACGAAGCUCAAGAGCCCACCGGAUUAACGUUGAGCGAAGACAAUCGAUCGAUAAUCAGGGCCAGAUUGGACGAACUGUCGCAAAAAUGUAAGCAAAGCUUGAUGGAUCAAGGUUUUGUGGAAGACACCAUCGUGCUUGAACCCUUUCUUCAUUUACGCUUCGAGGGAACCGAUUGCGCAUUGAUGUGUAGCCCGGAUAAGGUGAUCGAGAAUCAGGAAAACUAUAUACAUACGUAUGGUGAUUUUGAAAAGACCUUCUUCGAGCGCUACAUGAAUGAGUUUGGCUUCGUGUUGAAGAACAAGCGGAUUAUUGUCGAUGACAUUCGGGUUCGUGGUUCCGGAAAAUCGCCGGUAUACGAAGAAACAAGUAUUUCUGCGGCAGAUGGUCCAAUUUUCCCGGUAAAAACAACGAUGACAUACUUUGAGCAGGGAUGUUUGGUCACUCCGGUGUUCGAUUGUGCCAAAUUGUGUCAAGGACACACGAUUCAGGGACCAGCAGUGCUAAUAGAUAAGCUAUCCACGAUUUUAAUUGAACCGGGCUGUCAUGCACUUGUCACCGCAAGGGGAGAUUUGGUUAUUGAAAUUGGAUUCGAUGAAGGUAGUCGGCGAAUCGACGAGCGUUUGGAUGCGGUUCAGCUGAGCAUAUUCAAUCAUCGGUUUAUGAGCAUAGCUGAGCAAAUGGGUCGCGUACUUCAGCGAACCGCAAUAUCUACCAACAUCAAGGAACGGUUGGACUUUUCCUGUGCUUUGUUCGGUCCCGACGGUGGACUUGUGAGUAACGCUCCGCACAUUCCGGUUCACUUGGGAGCGAUGCAGGAAACCGUUCAGUAUCAGAUGAAGCUCCGCGGAUCAACGCUCAAACCGGGCGACGUUCUUUUAUCCAACCAUCCCAACGUUGGAGGUUCCCAUCUUCCCGAUAUGACCGUUAUCACACCAGUAUUCUACCCGGGCAAUCCGGAACCAGUUUUCGCUGUGGCUUCCCGUGGGCAUCAUGCAGACAUCGGAGGAAUAACACCGGGAUCGAUGCCUCCACAUUCAACAUCGCUGGCUCAGGAGGGAGCCUCAUUUGCAUCGUUUCUACUCGUGAGUCAAGGAGUUUUUCAAGAGGCUGAGAUUAUCAAACAACUAACGACUCCUACCGGAGCACCGGGAGCCACUGGCACUAGGAACCUAUCGGACAAUCUGUCCGAUUUGAGGGCGCAGAUAGCGGCUAACCAAAAGGGCAUCCAACUGGUGAAAGAACUGAUAGACAGUUUCGGUUUGACUGUCGUACAAGCCUACAUGGGCUAUAUGCAACAGAAUGCCGAGAUUGCCGUGCGCGAUAUGUUGCGGCAAAUUGCCAGGGAAUGUAAACUUAGAACUGGAUCGACCGUACUGGAAGCUGAGGAACACAUGGAUGAUGGCUCUCCGAUCCACUUGCGCGUUACCAUCGACGAGAGGGAAGGUUCUGCCCAAUUUAGUUUCCUGGGCACCGGUUCGGAGGUGCAUGGAAAUUGCAACGCUCCCCGUGCCAUAACUUUCUCGGCGCUGAUAUACUGUCUGCGUAGCAUGGUGGGCCACGAUAUCCCCCUAAAUCAGGGCUGCCUCGCUCCGAUAGAAGUUUCCAUACCGGAGGGCUCUAUUCUGUGGCCCUCGGAUGAUGCCGCUGUGGUGGGAGGCAACGUGCUGACCUCUCAACGUGUUGUGGACACUAUAUUCAAGGCCUUCCAAACGUGUGCCGCCUCCCAGGGCUGUAUGAAUAAUGUCACCUUUGGGGAUGACAACUGGGGAUACUACGAGACGGUAGCGGGCGGAAGUGGUGCCGGCCCAGGCUGGCAUGGGACGAAUGGUGUUCACACCCAUAUGACCAACACAAGGAUAACGGAUCCGGAAAUUUUGGAGCUGCGCUAUCCAAUAAUACUGAAGAAGUUUUCACUCCGAGACGAUCAUUCCGGUGGGCAUGGUUUGUUCAAGGGUGGCGAGGGCGUUCACCGGGAGCUACUGUUCCGCAAACCGAUGAUGCUGUCGGUGCUCACAGAAAGACGCACCCUGCCGCCCUACGGAAUGGCUGGCGGUGGGCCGGGCAAACGUGGAUUGAAUCUCCUCGUGAAGCAGGAUAAAACUAUCAAUUUAGGUGCCAAAACAGCGAUUUGUGUCGAAUCUGGGGAUAUUUUCUCGAUGAAAACUCCCGGUGGCGGUGGCUACGGAAUGGCAUCAGCGAACGGCUUCCCACCAAUCGAACUCGUUGACGAUGAGCUGUCGAAGGUGUUUGUGGAGCGCGGCAGCCUCUAUGAGUAUCGUAUGGCACAGGAAUCCGUUUGAUGGCACGACGUUGGUUUUAACUUUAACGUUUACAUUGUCUUGAUCGUUGUAUUAAUCAUAAUAGUGGUAGUCAUGUUCAAAUAGUAGAACUACGGGCCACUAUGCCCCGGAGUAGAGGCAAGAUUUUAUUGCGUUACUUGAAGUUUUGAUGGCAUCUCAGAUAAUCGUGUGUAUUGAAAUUUAUACUCAGGAUAGAGACAGAUAGUAGCAAUAUGAUAUACACAUAUAUGACCUAUGUCCGGUGUAACAUUCAAACCUCCCUACUUUCCAAAUAUAGCUUUAAUUCAUUGUUAAAGCUCGCACAAAUCAGCAACCCAAGUGUUCGAAAAGUGUCAAACGGAUUUCAUAUUUACGUAGUUGAGGCACUUACAUAUAUAGUAGAAAUGUACUGCACGCGAAGUACAAUUUAUUUAGCGAAUGAAAUAAAAUUCAAUCGGCUAAGCCGCAUCAUAUCCGCUAGUGUAGAACACCCG